AUGAAGCGAGCUGCAAUCUCUGUGCCAAAAAAAAGUGCAACAAACAAGAAGAAUCGUGUAUUUUCUGCUGAUAUUCAAUGGUGCUUUGAUAAUAAAGAUGAUCUUACUUUGGCUUCGUUUGUGGAAAAGUAUGGCAUUAUAAAUAAACAGUAUGCAUUGAGCAGAUACGGCUCAAUAAUUAGUAAAGCCAUUUUCGGAGAUGAUAGCGAACGGUUGACUUCAGAAUUGACGGCCUGGAGACAAACUGAAGAGUAUAAAAAGUUCUGGAUCGAUAGGAUAAACAAAAAAACUCAACUUGACGUUCAGGAAGGAUGUACUCAAUACGUAUCGGAUAGUGCACAAGACGCGUUAGGAAAACUUACCUCCAUGUCAAGAAAUGAACCAACAGAUAAACCAGUAUUAUCUUCUGAAGAAUCUAUACCACCACCGUCGUCGUCGACUCAUUCAGAACCAAGCAGUAGUAAUUCUACAUUAUCAUCAUCGUACACUAGUCCUACAGUCAAUAGCGGCAAUAAAUCGGAUUCCACAGUCAAUAACGACAAUAGAUCGAUACCGCCACUCUCGCUCAUCAAUUCAGCACAAAAUACUAAUGUACAAGAUGUCGAAAACUCCCCUGUCCUUGCUCCAUGGCUUUUCGAGGAGGCAGAUAUAGCGCUAUUAUUUACAAAGUUCAAGCAGGCCGUGGCACAAAUGUCAACCGAUCAUUUGUUUCUCAUCGAAUCGUCUAUCCAUGAGCUUCUGAGCCUGUCGAAUAUCCUCCUCUUGGCACCGCAGCAAUACAGCCAGCUCGUCAUUGAUAUUUUUACUGAAGAGAUUUUGAAUGAUUUGGAUUCAUAUCUUUUGAAAGAGUGUUUGGACCCAAGGCAAGACAUGAGUAAUAAUGUGUUUACCAAGUUGAGUCGAAUUGUGAACAAUGUUGAAAGCAACAAUCAAAGUAAAUAUGAUGCGGAAAUUGAGUUAUUAAUGCUCGGAAAAGACCUUUGUCCAAUUCAAAAAUCACUCAUCUUAGGAAUAAAAGCAUAUAUGCGUAAGCUGCCACUGUUGCCCAUAAAAAACAAGCAAUCAUUAGGGGAAUGCGAACUAUUCACAAUGUAUUUCGACCCACUCCUGUCUGCACUCUUUUCGGACCCUGAUAAAAAUAUUCUUUUACGAUGGUCAAAUGUUACUUGUGAUGAAAGUGCUGAUAUGCGCCCUGAUGCAACAAUUUCAAAAAUACAACAAAGAAAUUUCGGUCAGAGUCUUGGAUUUGGAGAAGUAAAAGUGGCGCGCCCCACAACUGACAACCACGCUCUCUGCCUUGAUCUCCUUCGUCUCGGAGCUUUUUGCAAAGACACUAUUGAUAUGAAUAAACUGCAGGCAGCUUUGGCUUUCCAGAUCAAUGGCUUCAGCAUCAUUUUCUAUUUAAUGCGCUUACGGCAUGAUGUUUGAAAAACAUUCGCACGUUAC